AUGGGUGGUCUGGUGGCGUACGCCAGCAGUGACGAAGACGAUGAGGUCGAAGAUGUAAAGACUGAGAUUGCAGAGAAACCCACAUCUCCCAAGAAUAACACAGGCUCAAAUAAUGACAAGCCACCAUCAACAUCACCUGCUGCUGCUCCUCCUCCUACCGCCGCCGCCGCACCUCAACCACCAAUAGAGCCUCAACCAUCCACAGAAAACAUAACAAUAGGCCCAGUCCAACAACACUCCGUCCCACUGGGCCCCUCCCUUCCCCCAAUGGACACUCAACUACCAAAUCUCCCCUCAGGAGAAGAUCCGUCCCAACCCCCAGCCUCGCCAUACACCGCCUCCCGCGCCCUCCUCCGCGAUCUCACCCUGCCCCCGGUGCCCAACUUCGACAUACCUCCCUCGCCGCCGGGCUCCCCACCCCCCGCCCUCAGCGCCAAAUUCACCCAGUUUCUCGACCUCAAGAAGAAGGGCGUCCACUUCAAUGCCAAACUCGCCCAGUCCGCCGCCCUCCGCAACCCGAGCCUGACGGACAAGCUCAUGUCCUUCGUCGACCUCGACGGCCGCGCGGGCUACGCCACCACGCUACCGCCCGCGCUCGGCUGGGACCCGACGUCGGAGGAUCUCUUGCCGGAGUGGGCGGGCAGGACGGCGCUGCGACAGAGCCAGGAUAAAGUGCGCGGCGCGGGGGCGAGGAAGGGAGGCGGGCCCGUCGAGUUCGUGCCGGCUGCCGCAGCAGGUGCCGAGUCUGCUGCUUCGCCUGCGGCUGGGAUUGAGCAAGGGGGUCUCGUCUCGCGUGGGGGAAAGAGGAAGGCGGGUGCGCUGUGA